AUGGGUAGUACGCAAACGUUGGAGAGGAUUGUUGCUUCAAGUGAUACUGUAAGUAAUUUUUCGCAUCUGAACAAUAACACGGAGGCAAUUGAUGAUAUCUACGUGUUCACGCCUGCUGGAGACACCGCUAAACUUGUGCUCUGUUCAGUUUUGUUGGCUGUUGGAGCAUUGGGAUUUUUCGGCAAUUGUUUUUUGUUCUAUUUUCUGUGUCUAAAGGUUAAUAAAGCCGCAUUUCGAGCCAGCCGUUUCCUGAACAAUAUAAGAUUGUAUCUGAGGAGCUUAGCUCUGUCCGACAUUUUUACUUCUGGCGUGGCUCUACCUCUAUUAUGCACUCAAGUUUUAUUUGAUGUCUUCCAAAGUGGGUGGCCAUGCAAGAUUGCUCGAUAUUUCCAGUUAGUAUUCCCUACCAUUACGCUGAAUAACCUCAUGGUGAUAAGUCUAGAAAAGUACUUAUCAACCCGGCGAAUUCCACGCACGUUCAGCAUCGAAACAGUCCGUAAAAUGAUCAUUGGUGCGUGGGUAUUUGGAGUCCUCAUUAUGUUAGUUUCUGUUGCCCCGUAUAAUGGAAUGAGACUCAGUCUCAAUGAAACCCAUUUUACCAUUGUGUGCAGAAAUGACGAAAAUUUCUACCCAUUUCGAGCAACGAUGCUCUUAUUUCCAUUACAGUACAUCCUGCCGAGUAUAUUUGUCAACUUCAUCAACAUAAGUUUGAUCAAAACAGUGUGGAGAAGAAGUAAAACAAGAGUUGGAAACGGUACAACUAACGCUUUCAAGACUCAGCUGACAGCCACGAGAAUAAAAGGAACAUCGCUUCUCAUUGCUAUAACCUUUUCCUUCACCAUUCCGUGUAUUUUCUUCAUAGCUAAUAUUGCAUACACUCAGAUGGCCAAACCACAACGAGCUUUUGCUGUAGAUUAUAUAAUACGCUAUGCUGCUGGCGGUUUCGCAUUUGGUAGCAGCGUGAUAAACUUUACGAUUUGCCUAGCUCAAAUGAAGGACUUCCGGGAGUUUCUGAAGAGUUUUUUAGUCAUAAAAGGAAGGAAAAGAGGCAGACCUCGUAUUGUACCUGUGAUCUAUAGGACAACAGUACAACAGGGCCUUUCAUGGCAAAAAAUGAACUCAAAAGAUAUGACGAACUGGCUUGAAUUAAGCCAUCAAAACAAUCGAGCAAAAAUAUUUUCCUUCUCGAACUCCUUGUAAAGAAACUCAGGAAAAAAAUAGACCAAGUGCUGGCAAGCGUACGCUGUCUUCCUUGCUAACAGCUCAUUGUUGUCUUUGCUGGGCAGCUGAAGAUUGAUUCAUGCCAAACGAUCGUGUAUCAAUUGAAUUAUACAACAAUUAUACAACUCAACUUGUUUGGGUGCUCUCCAAACCUCCCUAGUGCAUCCAUUCCUCGAUGAAAGUACACCUAAAAACAUGUACCAGUUUCUUUUCUAAGAUCAAGAAGAUAUCUUUUGACAAAUCGAUCUUCAUGAGUCGACAUCAACGAAUAUCACAGCGGGAAAAGAAACCUGAAAUAUUUCAGGAUUGUACGGACUUGCCACUUGGUUCUCUGUUAGUGGUAGCGUUUAUCCGGCCAAUGAGAGGCCCGUAUUCAAGAAAUCCUCCUGUGUCCACGCAUUUUCUACACUUAUAGGUUGCAUGGAACGCUAUCUAGUAUUGUAUGGAAAUGAAUACACAAUAGAAAAGAGGCGAAGCUGAUGGAGACGUCAGCAAGUUUUCUCAAUUUUUUAGUCACUUCAAAGAUAUUAUAACUAUUGAGUAUAGCCACUAUAUAAUUUGGUUUUAUAAAGUGACUUAAUAGUGUAAAUUAGCCACCGUUAGGAGUUUCUAGACUAACGUUUUUGGCGUCAGUUAGCCCUAGAAUACAUGAGAGAAAUUUUGGGUUGUACGUGUUUUAUAUGCAGCAAAAUGGAGCUACACCAUUAGUAGGAACAUGGUAACUAGAAAAACAAGAAUAAAUUAGUUGAAUGAAAAGCGUAUGUUGAUACCUUGAAGAUUAAAAGUGCCGAUUUGACAGCUAAAUUUCUGAUGUAGAGAUUUAUGGCUUUCCGAACUGCCUAUAGCCUGGUUUAUAAAUAAUCCUUUCCUUGACUGGCCUUGGUUAUUGUUUUAGAUUGGUCUUCUCCUAUGCCCAGUUUACGAACUUUGUGUGAUGCAAAUCACGGGAGCUUUUCAGCGCAUUUUCUCCGGCGUGUCGUAUUCGCCUUAACGCUUGAGAGCGCUGAUGAAAACGACGACUUUAGAAGACGGUUUCAAGAGAGGGGCAUUUUGAAAAUUCUAAUAUACAAAGCGUCGCAUUUUGUCGCCACUGCCAGCAUUCAAAAGUGUUCUAGGAGGGACGGAAGAAAGUAAAUGCAUCAAAAGGUACGUGUUUUCGAAAGAAAAAUUAGAGGGAAAGUCCAAAUUAUUAAGUGAAUGAAAAUCCUUCAAGUUACGUUUCGGCGCAAACGAAAUUUAUAGUUUUGAAAAUGCAUUUUUGCGAUCGUAUCACCAGAAAGAUUUCCUUUCGGGUGAGAAGCCGGCUUGAAAUUCCGGCUCAAUGAGAUUGCGGACAUUGACACCAGAAUUAGUGAAAACCUGCACAUUCAAUUUAUUUCAUUUUUAAUCCAGUGCUCGGCAAAGUUCGAUGCUCUGCUCUGCAUUUAUGAGUUACAAGAAUCUGUGUGGAGAAGCUAGCAUAAAACUACCGCAAAUGAAAAUUAGGCUUUUCUAGUCUGCAUCAACAUCGUUAAUAUUUUCUUACGAAUAAUAGGGAAAUAUCUUCCAUUUAGGUCGGAAGGUGUGAGAGAACUUUCAAAACAAUCUUUCUUGGAGUGAUUCUAAUUCCAUAUUUCAUCCCUAAGUUCUGAUAUUUUAUGUAAAAAAACAAUACACUCCCCUAUAGCAUAGCUUCUUCUUUCUGGUGUUUUUAAUAAUGUAAUCCUGUUGCCUAGAACUACGCUUAAAAAAAAAAAAAACAACCAAAAAACAGAAAAUAAAACAUACCCCUGUCGCCCAGAACUACGCAUUGAAAAAAAACAUGCCCAAACCGUGAGCCAUAUUUCAAACGACGAAUAGGGAAGUGCUGCUAAAAAACUCAGCGCGGAAUACACUCAAAAACACUUUUAAAAAGGCUCACCUAAUUAAAAUCAUAUAUAAACAAUAGUCUUUUUUCUCAUUUUGAUGUAGAUAAACCGGUUAUAUUCUCUUGUAGGCUUAAGACGCAGGUGAUUUCCCAAGAAUAGCGUCAUUUUAUUUUCGUCAGUAUAAGUGUAAAGUUAAAAUUUUGCCAGCUUCGAACGCAGUACACUUUUUCUGUUGGUGAUAUUGAUAAACUUCAAAUUGAAGAAGAAGAGAGAAACAAAAGGGUAGGAAAUUUUUCUUAUCUAUUACUCUCCCAAAGCGAGACGAAGUAUAAUUUUUUCACUGAAACUGCUACAGUUUUACUUAAUGUAGUUUAAACUGCACCAAUGGGGAAUGCUGAUUUCUCCACGCAAUUUUUGCUGGAACGAAAAACAAAACUUCGCACUCUUUCCGCAUUUGUUAAUUUCAUAAUAAUAUCUUCAAUUAAGAGAAAACAAAUUAGAUUUGAAACGAAUUUUGAAAUUUAUCGACAUGAAGAAACAAAAUUGUACCUUUGAGCUGAAAACCAUUGUUACACAAAACACAGGAGUAUAUUUUUUUCGCACAAUUACGUCGCACGAAAACUCACUAGAUUACAUUCACUUUAACUAAUGGGGUGAUUUCAUUACGAAAUUGCAUUCAAUCGAACUAAUGCAGUAUAGGGCUCAAAGUCAGUCUAAAAGCAGUUUUAAAAGGCACAGUUGUCCAUUUGGAAAGGAACCGAUUGAACUUAAAGAGGAUGAAUUAUACUCACAACGUAUGGUUAAUGGUUUAAAGAAAAAGGAUAAUAGCUAUCAGCUAUUCAUGAGAAACUUAUUUCGACAAAAACUGAUCAAUGAGACGUUUCAUUCGGCUUUUCAUAUGUCGGGAAAAUCCCAUACGAUUGGCGAUUUCACUGUUUCGCGACCCUCUCAGAUUUUCCCAACAUAUCGAGAACGGGGAUCUCUACGAUUUCGAAUUUUCAUGCGUAAAAAUUUGGAACGGUCGGAAAAGAAUGAAAUCUCCGGUUGUUUGGGAUUUUUCCUGAUUCUUCAAAACAGGGCCUACGAAACGAAGAGAAAAAACGAGUGGUUUGGUUUUUAAUGACAGAAACUGAACAUCUAAAACAUAAGGUUUUCAAAGAAUCCAGACAUUUGCAUUUGAGAAUUAAUCGGAAAUCAUUUGGAAGGAUAAAUAGAACAGGAACAAAGGCAUAUAAAUGAGAUGUCAUUUGGUAUUUUCUUCAGGAGGUUAUUCAGUAAACCACAAUCGAACUCCUUUCGAGUGCUUUAUCGAGAGUAGAUCAAACUUAAGCAUGAAACGAGACAUUAGGUUUCGAAAUCUUUUUUUUCUACGGUCAUUCAUUAUCAGUUCGUGCUACACUUAUUUUGUCGUAAUAAAAGAUUUUUUACCUUCUUUUGCUUAAUAAUAUCAUGCGGUUACUUUGCAAAUAAGAUAUAUUGAAAAGUGCUAAAAGAACAGAAUUAAAUUUCGUUCUUAACUUUUUAAAAGUUUUCUCUAAAACACGUAGAAUAACUAAGAAUCUUUUUGAUUUCGUGUAAGUUGGUAUACGUGCAUUGUCACAAUUUCUUGGGUUUUGUUUCUUGAUUUUUUUUUUCUUAGCGCUCCUUGAUUACCAGCUUUUCAUUAACACCAAUACUAUCCAGCGGAAAGGAUAUUUUAGACAUUCAAAUUUUCAUGUUUAUCUUCAGUUGCUCUUUCGAUGAUCCAUGUAAUGAAAUAAAAUUCUCAAGAGAAUUCCUUAAAGCUAUUCAGCAAGAUAAAAAUAUAUAUAGUCACAGGAGUAACUGCAAACCCUUUAUAAGAUUCUUUAGUGCUACGUUUUUUCCAUCGGCCCAUAGACCGAUAGGACAAAAGUGCUUACUGCCUUCCCCCUGCUAAGGGAUCAACCCUCAUGA